GGAAGGGUAUUUCUGGGAUGGAUCAACAUAUUUACGGGCAUGCUGUUGACUGUAUGCAGGUUGACGGAACGGUGGUGAUUUUUGACGUUGAGACGAAUGGCGUCGCUCGAAAAUUACGCGGCCACACUCGGCAGAUACAGUCGUUGAGGUAGGAUGCCAGAUGGGAGCUGGAAAAUAUGAUAAGGAGGUUAAUACUCGGUAGUUGGUCACGAGAAGGUCGUUAUCUUCUCAGCUCUUCGCAAGACUGGAAAUGUGUACUCUGGGACCUCAGCGAUGGUUCUCGAGUACGAACAGUGCGGUUUGAAGCUCCUGUAUAUAUUGCAGAGCUUCACCCUUUCGAUCACUUGAAAUUUGUGGCUUCACUAUUUGAAGAACAACCCGUUCUCGUAGAUCUUCACUCGACAGUUCCCAAAAAACAAACACUCCCAUCGGCGCCGAAGAGACCAAAGGUGGAAGGCGAGGAGAUAUCGGAGAAACAGGCAGCGCAAGAUGCCAAGCAGACAACCACUGUCACAAUCUUCAGUGCUUCCGGCAGCCACAUCAUAGCAGGCACGAGUAGGGGCUGGUUGAAUAUCAUCGAGACUGCAACAUGUCAAACCAUUUAUUCUACGCGCAUUUCUAACAAUGUGUUGAUCUACUUUCGUCUCACCGCUUCGGGCCGGGACAUGGUGGUUAAUUCUAGCGAUCGUAUCAUCCGGACUCUUUUCAUGCCUGAUCUGACCGUGGGCGAGAUCGAUCCGGACACAAUCAAGGUAGAGGUGGAGCACAAGUUCCAAGACGUUGUGAAUCGACUGUCUUGGAACCACGUGGCGUUCAGUUCAACCGGAGAGUAUGUCACUGCUUCGACAUAUAUGAAUCAUGACAUUUACGUGUGGGAGCGCGGGCACGGAAGCUUAGUGAAGAUACUUGAGGGCCCUAGAGAGGAGCUUGGGGUUGUUGAGUGGCAUCCCAAUCGACCCCUUGUGGCUGCCUGUGGUCUUGAGUCCGGCCGUGUCUACCUUUGGUCCAUCAUCACACCUCAGCGAUGGUCAGCACUGGCACCUGAUUUCGCCGAAGUGGAAGAGAAUGUGGAGUAUGUCGAGCGCGAAGACGAGUUCGAUAUUCAUCCCAUCGAAGAGAUACAUAAGCGUCGCUUAGAUUUGGAGGACGAGGAGGUUGAUGUUUUGACUAUUGAGCCAAUCAAAGGAGAAGCUGACGACCAAGUUUUCCGAAUGCCCGUCCUCCUGGAUAUUGACGACAGCGAAAGCGAGGAAGAGAUCAUUGCUGUUGGUCCUGGCACUAUGAGAAAGAAGAGCCCUGGCGAAGGCAGAGAAUGGAUGAAUGAGGUUGAAAGCGGCGCUAGCGCUGACGAGCGUGGUGCUUCCAAGCGGCCAACAGCAAAUGGGACAGGAAGGUCUCAGGGUCGCGCAAGAAAACGAAGAGGCGACUGAGAAAGGUCUUGCCUUGGCAAGUGCUUGUGAUCUAGUUGAUAUGACGGGAUCCAGGUUCUUGUCCUCUGCGAUACUCGUUGGCUCAGUCAGCUGAUGGUCGCGCUUGAAUCCACUGGCGAAGACGGUGGGACGUUCGUCCCUCUCAAAGUUCAAUCUUCAGCCAGCAACUAGUCGUGUCACCGUUGGGAAAAAAUGCUUCGUCAGCUUCACAUGGCUCUUUCCGUUUUCUGGCAAUUACCAUGUCGUGCGUU